AACUAUAUCCUCUGUUUGGCUAAUAGUAAUAUUAAAAUAUUAUGGUUAAUUCCAAGUCCAAACACACGCCAGACGUCUGCUUAUAUAUAGUGCAGUGUAGAGCUAGAAAUGAAUAGAGUGGUCUGUAUCAGCAUUCAUUGAGUGAUUCUGUUGUUGAUAAAAUCCGAGUCUGAGGGUGUUUUCUGAUGGAAGUUUCCAACGAUGACAUCGCCGACACUUACCGGAAAUUGCACGCCAACGAGCAUUUCUCCAUUGAAAUCCCCGACACUGCUCAUCAGAUUAGUCAAGAUUCAUGGUUACAAGCGGGAUUUGUUCUCACCACCGGCAUCAAUAGUGCAUAUGUACUAGGAUACUCUGGUGCAGUUAUGGUUCCUCUUGGUUGGGUAGGAGGUGUCAUUGCUUUACUUGUAGCCACGGCCGCGUCUUUGUAUGCAAAUAUUUUGAUUGCAAGGAUCCAUGAAGUUGGAGGAAAGAGGCACAUUAGAUACAGAGAUCUUGCAGGAUUUAUAUAUGGUAAAAAAGCUUAUGCUCUUACCUGGGCAUUGCAAUAUGUUAAUCUUUUUAUGAUUAAUGUUGGAUACCUCAUUUUGGCUGGUCAGGCUCUAAAAGCUGUUUAUGUCCUGUACACGGAUGAACAUACAAUGAAGCUCCCGUACUUCAUUAUGAUUGCUGGGUUUACAUGUGGUCUUUUUGCAAUUGCAACUCCGCAUCUGUCAGCUUUGGGAGUCUGGCUGGGAUUUUCAACACUCUUUAGCUUUAUCUACAUUGUUGUUGCGAUUGUACUGUCAGCUAGAGAUGGAAAUAGAAGUCCUUCUAGGGAUUAUGACAUUCCUGGAUCAAAAGUGAGCAAGAUAUUUACAACUGUUGGCGCAAUGGCAAGCUCUGUUUUUGCUUUCAAUACAGGAAUGCUUCCUGAAAUACAGGCUACUGUGAGAGAACCUGUGGUCAAGAACAUGUUGAAAGGUCUUUACUUUCAAUUCACAGUAGGUGUUUUGCCUUUAUAUGCUGUUGCUUUUAUUGGAUAUUGGGCCUAUGGAUCCAGUUCAUCUUCCUAUUUACUCAACAAUGUUAGUGGCCCAGAUUGGGUGAAGACGGCCGCCAAUAUUGCUGCCUUCCUGCAAACCGUCAUUGCUUUGCAUAUUUUCGCAAGUCCAAUGUAUGAGUAUUUGGACACAAGAUACGGCAUUAAAGGAAGUGCACUGGCUGUCCGUAACUUGACUUUCAGAAUUGGGGUGAGAGGUUCUUAUCUAGCUCUAACGACAUUUGUGGCCGCUAUAGUGCCUUUUAUUGGAGAUUUUAUGAAUCUCACGGGGGCUAUAAGCACAUUUCCGCUCACAUUUAUCCUUGCCAACCACAUGUACGUAGUGGCAAAGAAGCAAGAAUUAAAUCGAAUAUCAAAGAUCUGGCACUGGCUUAAUAUCAUCUUUUUUAGCUGCUUGGCUGUUGCAGCAGCAGUCGCCGGAGUGAGGGUGAUUGUUGUAGACUCUAAACAUUACAGUAUCUUUGCUGAUCUAUGAUUUUUGUGGUGAAGUUCAGUUUGAGAUGUCUUAGUGUUGUUUCUUCUUCCUAUUAAAGUUUGAUGCUAUCUAAAAGCAUAUAGAUAGCAUUGCAAUUGGCAGCUUCAAACUGUCCAAUAAGAACAAGAAGAAGAUGAUGAUGAUAAUUAUAGCUUCUGUUCAUGCUUGAAUGCUUUUUAGUCUAUAUUUAUACAAGUGUCCCAUGUUUAAAUUGCUUCA